CUUCUCUUUAUGCUUAUGAGGAUUGAGGAUGUCUUGCCUGCACCGGCUCGGUGUUUCCAAAAGGAAGGACUGAUUUCCCAUCUAACGGCCCCGCCUGUAUCGGAGUCUCAAUUGCUGCUUGAAGAGGCCAAUAAAAUUUCAGAUUCGCGCUAAGGCAAUGUCAACAACCCGACUCGGAGCCGAUGGCGAUCUAGGGUCGCCAUCGAUUUUUCUUUCCCUGCACGCCAACACCAAACUCUUCCCUUCUUGAGUGCCAUCACAAGAGACUUCGCAUUCUCAGCUCUCAAGAGGAACUUCGUUGUCGCAGGCUCCUAGCCCAACCUCAACACCACCAAUCUCAAGGUAUUUGGUACCUCGACCGUCGACACAACGGAGAUCAAUCCACAAAACCAGGACAUCAACUUUAGCUUCGACAUUCCCAAAACUGGCCUUGCAACCAUGGCAGACAAGACUCCCUCCCAGCAACGCGGUAAGGAGUUCGGAGAGCUUACGGGGCCUCCUAACCAACGAGUAACUUCUGCUGGACCACUUGGUAUGAGCCACACUCCUGCACCUUCAGCCACCCUUCGUACUCCUGCCACGGGCAUCGCUGGUUACAUCCAACACCUGGGAAGCUUGAUGCGAGCACCUCCGCCAGAGUCUCGGCCAAUUCCCUCACUUCGACCUUUCAAUUCUCCUUCCGUUAGUGUUCCCCCUCUCCGCCGAAUGGCACCACAACGAGGAACCUCCUCGCAGCUAGCUCGGGCAGAGCCUCUCAUGAGUCCACCGCCAGCGGGUGUCCGACGUAGUGGUAUUAACGGCCGAACAUUUGUCACCCAGCAAAAAGACCAUUUGUGGCCCCUGUACCUGGGUCGUCCCCGAGAAGUGCAGGACCAGAUGCUGGAGGACUUGCGUCCGCGUCCACGUCCGAGAGACACUGCUUUCCUCCCACCACUUACCCGUACCUCGUCUUCAUCAAGCGUCAAGUCUCUUGACGAAAGCUCGCUCUCUGAAAUAGAAUUUACAGAAGCGGGCGAGGUCCAGUCUGUCGCCCGCAAUCCCCUCCAUGUUCAGAACGAAGGACGCGCCUCGCAAGGGUCAAGAUAA